UUGUAAUUUAAAGAUUGAAGAAUAAUAUUAUAAAGGUACUCAGAUAUAUCGAAAAGGGGUGUUAUUCCUUGAUUUUUAACUACGCGUUAACCACGGAUAAAUACAAGUAUAAUUUGCAUUGCUUCCUCUUUUCUAUCUUUCAUCUUAGUAUUACUUGAAGUUGUGUCGAUUUCACAACAAAAUUGGAAAAGUAGACUCCAGUUUAAAUUAUAGUGUGUUGUGGAAUAUUUAUAAUCAUGAACAUAAAUAUGACUACACAACAACGCGAGGAAAAGCAGUUGGAAGCUACAAUACAAGCAAUAUUAAAUAGAGUGAAUGAUUUGAAACUAGCUAUACAGGCUCUUAUAACUAAAUUGGAAACUGAAUAUGAAACAAUUAACUGGCCAACGUUUUUGGAUAAUUAUGCAAUAUUAUCAGGACAUCUGACAGGAUUAAGUAAAAUAUUGCAAGCUGAAUUAGCAUCACCAUUGAGAUCUCGUAUAGUUUUACCUCUGCAAUUGAGUUGUGAAAGAGAUGAAACUCUAGUACGACUGACAGAAGGCAGAGUACCUGCAUGUACCCAUGACUUAGUACCAGACUUGCUUCGUACUAAACCAGAACUAGCAGAACAGAGGCUUCAACAGUUUAAUCAUAAAGCCAGUACUCUCAGCUAUGAUACUGCUCAG